UCGCCUUUUGCCGUCUGCGGAACAUCAAGGUCCAGGUAGUCAUCCGGCACCUGUCCUCCCACCCCAGCGUCCCGCCGCGCCCGCCCCCCUUUCGAGUUGGGUCUCUGCGACAGGCUCACAUGCAAGCAUGUGUUUCGGCAGCAGAAAGACAGACGAGGCUGGCCUCGCCCGGUCGCGAGAGCUCGACAAGCAGAUUCGACAAGAUGAGAAGCGCCUGGCUAAGGAGGUCAAGCUCCUCCUGCUUGGUGCUGGCGAGUCGGGCAAGUCGACCAUCCUCAAGCAGAUGAAGUUGAUUUACGCCACCGGUUUCAGCAAGAACGAAAAGCUCGAAUGGAAGCCCGUCGUGUUCAACAAUAUUAUUCAGUCAAUGCGCCAGAUCUUUGAUGCUAUGGCCGACUAUGGGCUCGAGUUUGAGAACAAAGAUAAUGAGAAAAACCAAGCUCUUAUUCUUGUAGACAACGAAAUCUCUCCGAAUGAGCCUUUGCCCCCGGACUAUCUUGAUCCCAUCAAAAGCCUAUGGGCUGAUGAGGGUGUUCAAAAAGCUAUUCUGAAAGGAAACGAAUUUGCCCUCCACGACAACCUUGCAUACUUCUGCGAAGAUGUUGACCGGUUAUGGCAAAAGGGUUACGUUCCCUCGGACCAGGAUCUUCUUCGCUCACGGCUGCGGACAACGGGCAUCACCGAGACUGUGUUCGACCUCGGGCAGCUCACCUACCGCAUGUUCGACGUCGGUGGCCAACGUUCCGAACGGAAGAAGUGGAUACACUGUUUCGAAAAUGUCAACUGUCUCAUGUUCUUGGUGGCCAUCAGUGGUUACGACCAAUGUCUUGUUGAAGACAAGGACGGCAACCAAAUGAACGAGGCCCUUAUGCUCUGGGAGUCGAUAGCAAACUCACAUUGGUUCACCAAGUCGGCUCUUAUCCUCUUCCUCAACAAGAUGGAUCUCUUCAAAGAGAAGCUAGCGUCGAGUCCAAUUACAUCACACGGCUUUGUAGACUACCAGGGCCCGGCGGAGGACUGGAAGCAGGCCAGCAAAUACUUCAUGGACAAGUUCCGCGCCCUCAACCGGAAUCCAGAGAAGGAGAUCUACGGUCACUUCACCAACGCCACCGACACAAACUUGCUCAAGAUUACGAUGGGUUCUGUGCAAGACAUGAUUAUCCAGCGCAACUUGAAGCAGCUGAUACUGUGAGUCACCUACUUUAGAGCUCUGACGUGCAAACAGAGGCGCGUCACCGACUUUAUCGUGGUUGCAAGCGCAAUCCCUUGGCAGCAAGGCAGCUUAGGACAGAGACCACGCCAUCUCCCGAGGCGUUCCCAAACACGGAGUCGUGGGUCGGGGUGAUCACGAAAGAAAGAGA